UUGGGGGCUGAAUAGCUCUUUGUCCUCAAGGGUUCGAAACCUGUCUUGGAUCGCCAACUUCGAGAGCCAUAUGCGCCGUAUGAAGCAGUGAUCGAGCUUUCUCAGCAACCGAGUUUAACUGCUUACUCCCGCCCGUUCGACGAGUUUCAACAUUCCCGUCUCAGGUCCUCCAUUUUGUCCAUCUGAGCGGGGGAGUGCCUCUAAGAACCGUCGUCACCAUGUCAAGCAAGAAGUCGCACAAGCCAGCAAGGCCACACCGAUCGACCCUAGCAAUUCCAAAGACCGAGAUCCUCAUCAACGUCUACGAUCUCCUGCCGCCCGGCCGCAUCUCCUCGACCCUCUGGUUCCUCGGAACCUCCCUCCUCCAUUCGGGCGUCGUCAUCAACGGCCGCGAAUACGCCUACGGUGGCCACGCACACCGAGGCAAGACGGGUGUCUACUGGACGGCACCCCGCACCGAGCCGCCAGGGGGCACCUUCCGGUGCGAGCUCUUGCACGGCUUCACGCUCGCGACGCCGGCCGAGAUCGACGCCAUCAUCCGCGAAGCGUCCGAAGAGUUUCUCGGGACCGCCUACAACCUGUUGACGAAAAACUGCAACCACUUUACGUCGCACCUGUGUCAGAAGCUGACGGGGCUGCCCGGGCCGGCAUGGCUGAAUCGUGCCGCCAGCAUCGGCGUGGCUCUGCCGUGCGUGGUGCCCAAGGAUUGGAUCGAGGUUCCCGAGUAUGAUACUGCGGACGGCGAGCUGGUAGAUGACGUGGACCAUGGGGGUAAUGGGCGCGGAAACGGUGGACAACAUGGGAACAGUGGUGGGCGGGACAAAAGAGAGGAGAGGAGGGCAGCGAGAGAGGAAAGGAAAAGGGCUGCGAGGGAGGAAGAUGAAGAGGAGCUGUUGGCGGACGAGCGGUCGAGGAUGUUGAGCAGUUCGGGGGAGUCGCCUACGCUUGUUGAUCUGGGAAGGGAAAGAGACCACGAACGGGCAUCGACGACAUAUAAUAUCGGUAAUGGUAAUGAGGGUGAGGGGCAAUAUCGGGACGAUGAAGGGGAAGCCGAAAGUGGGAAGGGUAAGGGGAAGGCGGCGGCGGUGGCUACGAGAGAUUCUGCUGGCAGAACGCUACCGCCUGCGGAGAGGGCACCGACUUCUUCUUAAGAUCGAGCUGCU